AUGGUCUUGAGUGGCAUGGGAGAAUUACAUCUUGAAAUUGUCAUGUCCCGCUUGGAGCACGAUUAUAAACUAAAGUGUCGACUACUACGUGCCAUCGUAGAAUAUCGUGAGGUAGUCCUUGAGACAGUGGAGCUACUGCAUGGGAUUGGGAUGUACAAUGAGCUCCCAUACGUUGAGUGUUCGCUGCGACUCCAGCCACUACUUGAGGAGGAUGGCUUCUGCGAUCCAGGUCAAUGUUGUUCCUUUGUUAUUGACGAGGCGUUGACGGAGAAAUAUCUUGCUGGAGCCGCUGGUUCCCGUAAUGAUCGACGUCGCCGCAUGGAGGAUCACCACCGUAAUGUGAAGGAGGAACUACGAAUCAUCACCGAUGUUUUUUCUCGCGCAGUCACCGAUUGUUCUCACAUGGGUCCCCUUGCCGGUUUGCCUCUCCACGGCGUGCGGGUCGCUUUGCUGGAAUUCAAAAAGCUUGGUGGCACGCAGCUGUCGGAGGGCCCUCUACAGCAGGCCGCUCGUUCCCUUGUAUUGGAGCUGUUUCGCUCUGUUUCCAAGGCCAAUCUUGCCACGAUGGAGCCAAUGAUGGAGGUGGAGGUGCACCUCUCGGAGGCAGCCUACAUUGGUGGUGUUGUGAGCUCUCUGAGCGAGCGGAAGGCCAUUGCGGUGGACAUUCAAGAUGAUGGGAGGUCGGUGAAAGCAAUCGUCCCGAUGCGAAACAUAGUUCGCUACACAAUGGAACUUCGGAAGGCGGUGAAGGGGCAUGCCAGUCUGUACGCACGCUUGCACCACUACCGUGUGAUUGAAGAAAAGGCUGUCCUCUCGCGAAUCAUGAAGAAUUUGGGCAUUUACGAAGGCCAUUGA